AUGGCUACUCGCACUGGGUCAGUUAAAAGCGCUCGCGAGGAAUCGCAGCUCAAUUCGACGAACGGGGCUAUUCAGAAUGAAACCGAGGUCUCUCCGCCAUCAACAUCAACUACAAGGAAACGAAGUAAAUAUCGCCAUGUAGCUGCAUACCACUCAGAAGCUCGUCAUUCCAGCCUCAGUCGGGAGGCCGACGUGCUUCCCAACUUCCUAGGUUUUCGAAAUCUUAUGGUGUUGGUACUCGUGGCAAUGAACCUGCGAUUGGUUAUUGAGAACUUCAUGAAAUAUGGCGUGCUAAUUUGUAUUAAAUGCCACGACUACCGCAGGCAAGACGUUGUUCUGGGGUCUAUAUUGUUUGCCUCGGUUCCGUGUCAUUUGCUUGUGGCAUACAUCAUCGAGCUCUCAGCCGCUACUGCGGCUAAGCGAACAGUGGGCCGUCAGAAAAAGACAGAGAAAGAGAAAGAGCACGAUCAGAAGGUCUUCCAGUCGACCUGGCCGUACACUGCUUUCCUGCACACGCUCAAUGCCACCCUGUGCCUCACAGUGACUAGCUUUGUGGUGUAUUUUUACAUCCACCACCCAGGCAUUGGGACAAUAUGCGAGCUGCACGCGAUCAUCGUGUGGUUGAAGAACUGCUCUUAUGCCUUCACAAACCGAGACCUUCGCCUCGCUCUACUCAAUCCCUCCGCAGACCCGGGCUUGCCCGAAAUCUACUCCUCGUGCCCUUACCCUAGGAAUAUUACCAUCAAUAACCUGGCGUACUUUUGGCUGGCGCCGACGCUGGUGUAUCAGCCUGUUUAUCCGCGCACAGCAUCCAUCCGGUGGUCAUUUGUUGCAAAGCGCCUUGCGGAGUUCGUGGGCCUGGCAGUGUUCAUUUGGCUUCUGUCUGCGCAGUAUGCCACACCGGUGUUGCUCAACUCAAUUGACAAGAUCGCAGUAAUGGAUAUUGCCUCUAUCUUGGAGCGGGUCAUGAAACUAUCCACUAUCUCGCUGAUAAUUUGGCUUGCUGGCUUCUUUGCAUUGUUCCAAUCGCUUUUGAACGCUUUGGCCGAGGUCAUGCGGUUUGGUGACCGCGAAUUCUACACUGAUUGGUGGAACAGCUCUAGUCUGGGUAUGUAUUGGCGAUCUUGGAACCGGCCUGUCUACCUGUUCAUGAAGAGACAUGUCUACUCGCCACUGGUGGGUCGCGGAUGGAGUCCUCUAGCUGCGAGUGGAAUGGUUUUCACUAUCUCCGCGAUUCUUCACGAAAUGCUCGUGGGCAUUCCGACACACAAUUUCAUCGGUGUCGCGUUCUUUGGGAUGAUGUUCCAGCUGCCGUUGAUUAGCCUCACCGCACCAUUGGAAAAUAUGCGCGGGCCUGAAGGCAGGGUCAUUGGGAACUGCAUCUUUUGGGUCAGCUUUUGUCUAGUCGGACAACCGCUGGGAGCGCUCCUAUACUUCUUCGCUUGGCAAGCCAAGUACGGGAGUCGGACAUUUUGUGUAUCGUAUUACUCCUGA